AUGAAUGCUAACCUAGAAACUAGUUUGGAGCCAUUAAACCUGAAUAACAACCUAGAAACUAGGUCGGAGAAACUAAGGAAUGCAUUGCACAUAUCAUUGGGGUUGAAUUCGGAUGACAGUUUGAUGAAUGAAGAUGAGUCGAUCGUCAUUGAUUCAGACGACAACUUCAAUGAUAGAGAAAAUCAUGUUGACGAUGUUGAUGCUGUUGAUGCUGCUGAUGAAGAAGAAGAUGAUGAUAAUGACGAACAUUAUUUAGAGGAAGGGGGAGAAGGUGGAGCGGACAAGGAAAUGUCUAAUGAGUUUAAUGAUGAAGAUCCAGUAAUUGGUUCAAUUACUGGGACGCGGUUCAGUAAUAAGGAUGUUAUGUUUGAUUUUUACAAAGAACAUGCAAAAUUAUCGGGGUUUUGCAUUAUCAAAAGAACAUCAAAAAAAGGUGGUGAUAUUGUUAGGUAUGUGCAAUAUGGUUGUGAUAGGUCUAGGAAACCAAGGAAUAAGCAUGUUACCAAGAGGAGGAACUGUCGUGCUAGAAUAAAUGAAAUUUUGGAGGAGAAUGGUCCAUGGCGUGUUUCAAAGGUAGUUAAAAGACAUAAUCAUCAAUUGGAACCAACACUAUCGCGAUUGAUGGCUAGACACAUAUCACUUAGUAAGUCUUUUAAGAGAACUCCCAAAGAUAUUACUGGCUUAAGACCUUCAAAAGAUAUAAGAGUCGCUGAGGUACUUGCUGGUGGACCCGAAAAUCUGGAAUUGGAAGAUAUACAUGAUGCUGAGGGUGAGGGUGAGGGUGAGGGUGAAGGAAGAAAUAUAACAGAUCCUAGAUACGUAGCUUCUCGUGGACGUCCAAGGUUGAUUAGAUAUAGAGGGCGAAUUGAUUUAUACUUUAGAAGUUCACAAAUAGGUGCUGGAAGUGAAGUUAGAGGUAAUAGGAGGGAUAAAGGUAGUGGUAGAGGUGGUGGUAGAAGUGGUGGUAGAGGUGGUGGUAGAGGCCGUGAUGGAGGUGGUAGAGGUGGUGGAAAUCCUCGGCUAGCGGAAGGAAUUGAG